AUGAGUGAGAACGCUGCCAAAGCAGCCUGCACAGCCAGGAUUUUGGUGGCUGCUGCUCGACGUGCAGCCAUCACACAGGGAUUCCAACUUGGCCUUGCGAUGCUUGUCAAAGAAGGAUACUUUGAAUAUGCUGAGACCCUUUUAGUUUUAGUCCCAAAUAUUGAAACUUUCAGGUUCCCUUUUGCUGUUGUAGCUUCUUUCUUUGAGAAGCACAAUGUUCAAUCAAAGUUUGCUUCAAAAAUAUUCAAUUUGCUUCUUAAAGCUUUAUCUGAUAACGCAAAAUUCAACCAGGCUUUGGAGAUUUUCAUGUAUAUGAAACUAAAUGCAAUUGAGAUUAAUAAGAGAACAUGUAUUCAGGUUUCAAUAUUUUCGUUGACGGUAGUGGUAGAUGGAUUGUGUAGGAGAGGGGAGAUAAAGAAGGCUGGAGAAUUGGUGGAGGAAAUGUUAUCUAAAGGGGUGAAGCCUAAUAUUAUUACAUGUAAUACCUUGGUGGAUGCUUGUGCUAGGAGAUGGAAUUUCGAAGAAAUGAACUACACUUUGGCCUUGAUGAAAAGGGAACGAGUUGACUUAAAUGUUGAGACUUACAAAUUUUUGGUGGAUGGAUUUUUAAGUAGUGGGAAGAUUGAUGAUGCCGAGAGAUUGAUUUUGGAAAUGUAUGUCAAGGGUUUUAAAGUGGAUAUCCAUUUGUAUAAUUUGAUGAUUAAGGGAUAUUGCAGGCUAGGGAAUAUGGAAAGGGCACUUUCAUUGUUCAGGUAG